GCUAUCGUUUUUAUUAAUGAAUGUUAUCGCUUUUCUUAACAACUUUGUCUGGCUUUGUCAAAUGAAAUGGAAAUUCACUUGGAUGGCAAAAAAUGGACCACAGAAAACACGGAAUUGUUGUUGGCCCUUUAUGGAGAACGAAUAUCUAAAUUUCGCGAUCCAAAAAUAAAAAACAAGAAAAUUUGGCGCGAGAUUCUCAAAGGCAUGGAAGGCAAGGGAGUAAGAGGACUAGAUGUACUACAGUUGGAUAGAAAGAUACGAAAUUUACGGGUGACUUUCGAUAAUAUCAAGAAAAAAAUUAAUUUUACCGGCGAAAGCGGAACAAAAUGGAGGCAUUUCGAGGAUAUGGAAGCCAUCUUUGGCAGAGACAGCAACAGCAAUAACAGCAGCCACAGCAACAGAACUGCAACAGUCCCAGUUCGCCGCACAUUGGCCACACUGCUGACGGAAGACGACAAUGUUACCACACAGAUAUUUCCCGAUUUCGAGGCGGCCACCUUCGAUGAGUCCGCUGCUCCUUUCACUAGUUCCAUGCUCAUAUCCGAAGAUCUGUCGAGCAGCUCCAAGGCUGUCUCGGAUGACGAGCAAAGCAUCGGAUUCGUGAGGCUAAAACGGAAGUCGGAUGAACAGUCUAACGUGUAUUACCAGAAGCGAAAAAAGACCAAAGAAGCUCAUUGUGCUUGCACCGAAGAAUUCCGCAAAAUGCGAGUUGCUCUAGAAGAGAGCAAUGCCAUUCAGCUGGCGCGCAACACAAUGUUUGAAAAACUUAUAGAUAAACUGAAAACUAAACUAUAGAAAAAAUUAAAGACUUAUAAAUUAAACAAAAACUAAAUAGCAGGGGAGACAAGACGUUCUUGAAAUGCCAAUAUGUAUAUGUACGUGGGUGGUCCGACAAGUAAUGAGCCUUACAAUGUUAAACAGUUUUAAAAAUUUUUAUUUAUUUUAUA